UUUUCCUUUUGGAAACGUAAAUACAUUCCCACCUACCUAUUUAUUUUUUCCUUAAAGCACGUUCUUAAAUUUUAUAAGAUUAUGAAUGAUAUUAAAGAUCAACCCCGUCCUCGCAAAAUCCUUGGAAUGAACAGUAAACUCUCCGCAGCAGCCAGUUGUCCUUCUAAAUCUGAUUUAAAUUAUUCCGAAAAUCGUGAUAAAAUUUUUCAGGUUACUUCUAUGGAUCGUGUGCGUUUUCCAAGCGUGAAUAGUCAGGAAUUGCCUUCGAUUUGGCCAUACGCAGCUUUUCUAUCGCCAAUAUUGCCAGCGCCAAAUAUGGCUCUGCAAUAUGCACUCGCUCCAAACGUUCAAUAUGCAGCCUUACCAUUUAUUACUCAAGCCAUUGCCAAUGGACCAACUGUUGGGGCAAAUGGUGGUAACCAUCCUCAACAACAACAACAGCAACAACAGAAUAUAGGCACUAGAGACCCUGGAAAAAUGACUAUUCAAAUUGGAGUGCAAUGCGUCAAUCAGAACAAUCCGAUUAACAUCAAUGCAAUGAAUGACAUGACGGCCUGUACAGGGAAGAUAAAUCUUCAAGUGGAUCCAUCAGAGUCUGGAGUUAAGGAAGAUUUCAAUUUGCGAAGUUCUCCUUCAGCUCCAAUGCGAAAUCCUAACAAAGAUUCGAGAAUCAUCAAAGAAAAUUCAUCGAUUCUUGGCGGCGGAGGAGGAGGAGGAGACCCAACUGAUGUAGUUAUAAACACAUUUGAAAUAUUGAAGUCACUUGCUCUCUCGGGCAGCGAAACCGCAGAGAAACUCGCCUACACCCACCGCAAUCGUCCAUGUUUCAAAAAGAUCGACAGUCUGUGUGCCCGUUUGAAACAAGAUCUAGUCCGCCCCGAUGGUGUUCUACCGAAUAUCAAUUCCCAAGGAAUCGCUUGGGCUGUGAAGGAUUUUAUAUUUGUAUUCACUCGAGUUAUGAAUGCAUGGAUCAUAAUCAAGGGCUACGUGUACAAUACCCCCGAGGGUUUGAAUAAAGUCCGAUCGGCGUUAAGUCCAGAAUUUGUUCGCAGUUUUACAGCAUGGCAGGAGACAACUGUUAGUUUUAUGGAUAAUCUUAUUCAGUCUUUCAUUAACUUGGAUAAUUUGGUGCAAUCUCAAAAGAAUGUCUACCAAAAAGCAAACAACUCAACUCCUAUGAAGGCAAGUAAUGAUGAUUCAUUCGAUUACUCCAGCUCCUCUGUGGAUGAGUUUUUGGGAUUGAAUAAGGAACCAACAGCAACACAAAACACAAAUUACAUGUACACCAUGGUUGAGGAUUCGGAUCUAACUCAACGGGAAAACGCUGUAAAUGGGACGUACUUUAAGACUGGGACUUACAACUUCAUCAAACGAGAGUCAUUGGGCUCAACUGAAAGUCUUACCCCGACGACAACGGGUAUAGAACAACUUUUCGAUGAAAACUUCGCUAAGACUUUGUCCAAUAUUUCGUCUGUCUAUGAUUUGUUGCCUUCGUUGAAGGCUCAGAAUGAUGAGAAACUUAGUUGUGAUAUUCAAGUGUUGGAGAACAAAUUAUCUCUCUUCUCGAAUGACUUUGAUCCGAAUGUGGAGAAACCCUUGGGCAAGGAUCUGGUGAACAAGUUGAAUGUUCUCAUCGAGCGCUUGAUGAAAAUGAAGAAUGGAAAUAUCUUUUUUAAGAUACAAUUCUGUCAGAAUUAUUUCCCAGAUUUCAUAGCACAAUGUCCCGAGUUCAUGGACAUGCGUGAGAUCAUUUUGAAAUGCCAAACAGGAGCUUAUGGACAUAUCUUUGAGGUUGUUCAUGAUAUACGACUUAUUAUUUAUCAGACCAAAGACUAUUUGAAGAAAAAUCUCAAUGGAAAACUGGUUGAAGCCAUAAAUAUGUUCGAAGAGGAAGUUGAAAUGAUCUUUGCCCAAGAACCAUUUGAAAAUUAUAAUUUUGAUCAUAUCAAGGGAGCCCCCAAUGAAAUUUUAUACAACAGUGGAAAGUAUUGAAAAAGUUAAAAAUCCUAUAAAUGUUUAUUUACUCCUACAAAAUGAUCUCUCAGUGGAUAUAAAUAAUAAGUUUUAUUAUGUUGUAUAUUUGUGCAAUCAGUCUAAUAUCAAUAAUUUUUAUAUACAUACAUAAUUUUUCAAUAAUAGUUUUUUAAGGUUUGCUUUAAAAAUUCCAAAAAAGAAAAUAUUAAAUAUAUGAAUUAAUUGUUCUUUCGUAUUUUAUACAAAACAAAAAUAUCUUACCCCAAAAUGUGUCUUGAAAAUGAAUUUUAUAUCUUUAAUAUACAAACAAUCAUAUAUCUAUUUAUUAUUGAGUGUUAACAAAAACAAGAAAACG